AUGCCACAGGGAAGAAAGAAAGUUCCAUUUAGUGGGAAAGCAAAAAAACAACAAAUGAAACUUAAAAAAAAAAGUCGUAAUGAAGUAUCUGAUGACAGUGAUCCAGAACAUUCGACAGUAUUAAAGAUUAAUAAGCAGCCUACAAAUAGCAAUGAUAAAAAUAGAUUUAAUCUUCAAUUUUUUAAAGAAUCCACGGAAGAAUUAAAACAACGCAAAAUUGAAGCUUGUAAGACUAUUGAAUUUUUACCACUAAGCGACCAAGAAAUCUCAGAUGAUUAUUUUCCACCUCAUUUGGAUAUGCCUAAACGGCCAGAAUGGGAUUACAAUAUGAGUAAAGAACAAUUAGAUAUGAGAGAGCAUGAAUAUUUUACGCAAUAUAUAGAGCAGAUAAAAACAUUGGGUAAAAUUAGUUAUUUUGAGCUCAACUUAGAAACGUGGCGGCAACUAUGGAGGGUUUUAGAAAUGUCUGAUAUAUUAUUAAUACUUGUUGAUGUUCGCUAUUCUGUGUUAAUGUUUCCACCAUAUCUUUAUAAUUACAUAACAAAUGAUUUAAAAAAAGAAGUAAUUUUAGUAAUUAACAAAGUAGACUUAGCCCCGCCUGCGUUGGUCUUAGCUUGGCGUGAAUAUUUUUCUGAACAUUAUCCCCAACUACGAAUAGUUCAUUUUACAUCUUAUCCAGUUGAAAAUUUACAAGAAACUCUUAAUAGACAAACUACUUUGAAUCGACACAAACGUAAAGGAAAAUUGAGAAUGGUUUCAGAAGGAGCUCAAGCAUUAUUAAAAGAGUGCCAAGAAAUAGUACUUGAUAAAGUUGAUUUGAGUUCUUGGCAAGAAAAAAUAAACAAAGAAAUUAAUUUAGAUGAUGAUUGUGAUACUAAUCGAAAAGAUAAUAUCAUAAUAGAAAAAAAUGAUACGAGUUUUGUUAAACAUGAUAAAUAUGCCAAUGGGACACUGACAAUUGGAUGUAUUGGUCACCCUAACGUUGGAAAAUCCGCAUUUAUGAAUGCUGUUAUCGGUAAUAAAGUUGUAAGUGUGUCACGGACCCCGGGUCAUACCAAACACUUUCAAACUAUAUUUCUCACUGAGAAUGUGCGAUUUUGUGAUUGUCCGGGACUUGUAUUCCCAUCAACUGUGCCUAAACAACUUCAAAUUUUGAUGGGUUCUUUUCCCAUUUCUCAAGUUCGAGAACCUUACACUGUCGUCAAGUAUCUUGCUCAGCGAAUAGAUCUUCCUAAAAUUCUUAAAAUUCAACAUCAACAAAAUGAUGAUGCUUGGUCAGCUAUGGAUAUAUGUGAUAGUUGGGCAGCUAAACGACAUUAUAUGACUGCUAGAACUGGAAAAUUUGAUACAUAUCGAGCAGCUAAUUCUCUUCUGAGAAUGGCUUUGGAAGGAAAAAUUUGUAUUUUUGUGUAUCCUCCGGGAUGGACACUUGAUAGAGAAAAAUGGGAAAAUCAUUCCGACAUUGAAAAAAUUAAAGGGGUUCAAGGAAAUAAACAUGGAAUGAAAACUGAUCAAGAGAGUGAUUUUUCUUCAUCCGAAAAUUCCGAAAACGAUGAAAAAUCCCAAAGUAAACACCACUAUGAAGAUGAUACCGAUGAAGAUACUAAUGAAGAAUCCGCAAAGUUAUCUGUUGUUAAGAAUAAAUUCGAUGUAUUAGCUUCUUAUUCAUAAUUUUUUAUGCAUAGUAAAGUCCUUUUAAUCUAGCUUAUCAUUGUUA